ACAUUGCUGGCUGGUUGCAUUCUGUUCAGUAGCUUGUCCAAGGCAAAGGAUGGUCUGUGCUCUAAAUUGUUGAGGCAUGAGAAGACUCUGAAACUGAAAGGCAUUCUUCAUGCUGCCGGAAUAUAUUACCAGAGGAGCACUAAGGAAUUGGGUGAUGUGGUUGUUUUUUGGGGUGUGUUUUUUUUGCUUCUACCUUUGCAGCCAAACCUGAAUGAAAGAGACUUAAUGUAGGGAAGGUUAGUAGUUGAUUCUUCCUGCUUGUGACUACAUUCGUGGCUGGCUUCCCAGCCCCCCUGAGGGAGCAAAUACUAGUGGAGAGCUGAAUUGGAACAUUGUAUGCUGGAGCCUGGCGUGAUCUCUAUACGAUUGUGUGUAUGUUGUUCUUGGAAUUGGCAGGGCACCAGGCCCCGAAACAAGCAGGUGUUAUCUAUAUGGAGAAGAGCGGCUGUAGUCCAUUCCCAAUAUGUUGGGCUAAAGAAUAUGACAGAUACCUAGCAUCUAGCAAAACCAUGGCAGCAGCUUACCUAGACCCUAACUUGAAUCACACACCAAGUUCCAGCACAAAGACACACCUCAGUUCUGGCACAGAACGUUCCCCAGGGGCCAUGGAACGAGUCCUAAAGGUUUUCCAUUAUUUUGAAAGUAGCAGUGAGCCAGCAGUAUGGGCCAGUAUUAUACGUCACGGGGAUGCUACAGAUGUUUGGGGCAUAAUCCAGAAGAUAGUGGAUAGCCACAAAGUAAAGAAUGUAGCCUGUUACGGUUUACGGCUCAGUCACCUGCAGUCAGAGGAAGUUCAUUGGCUGCAUCCAGACAUGGGAGUGUCCAACGUGAGGGAGAAAUUUGAACUGUCUCAUGCGCCAGAGGAGUGGAAAUAUGAGCUGCGAAUACGAUAUUUACCGAAAGGAUUUCUGAACCAGUUUACUGAAGACAAGCCAACAUUAAAUUUUUUCUAUCAGCAGGUGAAAAAUGACUAUAUGGUAGAAAUAGCAGAUCAGGUGGACCAAGAAAUUGCCUUGAAGCUAGGUUGUCUUGAAAUCCGGCGAUCGUACUGGGAGAUGAGAGGCAAUGCACUAGAAAAGAAGUCAAACUAUGAAGUAUUGGAGAAAGAUGUUGGUUUAAAAAGAUUUUUCCCGAAGAGUUUGCUGGAUUCAGUAAAGGCCAAAGCACUACGAAAACUGAUCCAGCAAACAUUUCGACAGUUUGCCAACCUCAACAGAGAAGAAAGUAUUUUGAAAUUCUUCGAGAUUCUCUCACCAGUAUACAGAUUUGACAAAGAAUGCUUCAAGUGUGCGCUCGGUUCAAGUUGGAUUAUUUCGGUGGAGCUGGCUAUUGGUCCAGAAGAGGGGAUCAGCUACCUUACGGACAAGGGAUCCAAUCUUACUCACCUGGCGGACUUCCAUCAAGUGCAGACCAUUCAGUAUUCAAGUAGUGAAGACAAGGAUAGGAAAGGAGUGCUGCAGAUGAAAAUUGCUGGAGCACCGGAGCCUCUGACAGUGACAGCACCAUCCUUAACUAUUGCAGAGAACAUGGCUGACUUGAUAGAUGGAUACUGCCGACUGGUCAAUGGUGCUACGCAGUCCUUUAUCAUCAGGCCCCAGAAAGAAGGUGAAAGAGCUUUACCAUCCAUACCAAAGCUGGCCAACAAUGAGAAGCAAGGAAUACGAUCACACACAGUCUCUGUAUCAGAUGAAAUUAGUGGGGACGAAACAGAUGACUAUGCAGAGAUUAUAGAUGAAGAGGAUACUUACACCAUGCCCUCAAAAAGCUAUGGAAUAGAUGAAGCCAGAGAUUAUGAGAUUCAAAGAGAACGGAUUGAACUGGGACGCUGCAUUGGUGAAGGGCAAUUUGGAGAUGUUCAUCAAGGAGUUUAUGUCACCCCAGAAAACCCUGCCAUGGCAGUUGCAAUCAAAACAUGUAAAAACUGCACCUCAGACAGCGUGAGAGAGAAAUUCUUGCAAGAAGCCUUAACGAUGCGUCAGUUUGAUCACCCCCACAUUGUCAAGUUGAUCGGUGUUAUCACAGAAAACCCCGUCUGGAUCAUUAUGGAGCUCUGUACGCUAGGAGAGCUGAGAUCAUUUUUGCAAGUGAGAAAAUACAGCUUGGAUCUAGCAUCUUUGAUACUGUAUGCUUAUCAACUUAGCACAGCACUUGCCUACUUAGAGAGCAAACGAUUUGUACAUAGGGAUAUUGCUGCUAGGAAUGUGCUAGUGUCUUCCACUGACUGUGUGAAAUUAGGUGACUUUGGUUUGUCCCGGUAUAUGGAGGAUAGUACAUAUUAUAAAGCUUCCAAAGGAAAAUUACCCAUUAAGUGGAUGGCACCAGAGUCCAUCAACUUCCGACGUUUUACCUCAGCCAGUGAUGUGUGGAUGUUUGGUGUGUGUAUGUGGGAAAUCUUAAUGCAUGGUAUAAAGCCCUUUCAAGGAGUGAAGAACAAUGAUGUGAUUGGCCGCAUUGAGAAUGGCGAGCGGUUACCAAUGCCUCCAAACUGCCCUCCCACUUUAUACAGCCUUAUGACCAAAUGUUGGGCAUACGACCCCAGCAGGCGGCCAAGAUUUACGGAACUUAAAGCUCAACUCAAUACAAUACUGGAGGAAGAGAAGCUGCAGCAGGAAGAACGAAUGAGAAUGGAAUCGAGGCGACAAGUGACAGUGUCCUGGGAUUCAGGAGGAUCGGAUGAGGCUCCUCCCAAGCCCAGCCGACCUGGUUAUCCUAGUCCACGUUCCAGUGAAGGAUUUUAUCCUAGUCCCCAGCAUAUGGUACAGCAGCCCAAUCAUUACCAGGUCUCAGGCUAUUCUAGCUCCCAUGGGAUUCCAGCUAUGGCAGGUAGCGUUUAUCCAGGCCCAGCCUCUCUCUUGGAUCAAACGGAUUCCUGGAACCAUCGGCCUCAGGAAAUAACUAUGUGGCAACCCAACAUGGAGGAUUCGGGCAGUUUGGAUAUGCGAGGCAUGGGGCAGGCGUUACCAACACACCUAAUGGAGGAAAGAUUGAUACGACAGCAACAAGAAAUGGAGGAAGACCAGCGUUGGUUGGAAAAAGAAGAGAGAUUCCUGAAACCUGACGUGAGGCUCUCCAGAGGGAGCAUUGAUCGAGAAGACGGGAAUCUCCAGGGUCCGGCUUCUAACCAGCAUAUAUAUCAGCCUGUGGGUAAGCCAGAUCACUCUGGCCCGCCAAAGAAACCUCCUCGCCCGGGAGCUCCCACCCAUUUGGGGAGCCUUGCCAGCCUCAACAGCCCUGUGGACAGCUACAAUGAAGGAGUCAAGAUUCAGCCACAAGAGAUCAGCCCUCCCCCAACAGCCAACUUGGAUCGUUCCAAUGACAAAGUGUAUGAAAAUGUCACUGGCCUGGUGAAAGCUGUCAUUGAAAUGUCCAGCAAGAUUCAGCCAGCACCACCAGAGGAGUAUGUCCCCAUGGUGAAGGAGGUUGGAUUGGCGCUAAGAACUUUGCUGGCAACAGUAGACGAGACCAUCCCAGUGCUCCCAACAAGUACUCACAGAGAGAUUGAGAUGGCCCAGAAACUCUUGAACUCUGACCUAGCUGAACUGAUUAACAAGAUGAAGCUCGCUCAGCAAUACGUUAUGACCAGCCUGCAGCAGGAAUAUAAAAAGCAGAUGCUCACAGCAGCUCACGCUCUGGCCGUGGAUGCCAAAAACUUGCUGGAUGUUAUUGACCAAGCCAGACUAAAAUCAAUUGGCCAAUCCAGGCCCCAUUAAAUGCAGAGGAUGGAGGUAGCAUCAUGCAGAUUGGGGAGUCGUGCUUACUUAACAGGCAACCGUUGGCCUUCUGGCAGAAAUGAGGAUUGACCCAGUUCGGUCCAGGAUUGCCAGGAAUUCCCAUCCUGCUUACCAAAAUGACGAUUUAUUUUCUUUCAGAUGUCCAGACUCCCACCCACCCACCCCACCUUCGGCUAUCCACAAUGCCAAGAAAGGUCUGAGAUGUAAAACAUGGCACUUUUCACAGAACAGUCUGUACAGAAUCCCCACUGGUGGAAAUCAAUUUGAAAUGCGUCACAUCAUAUGGAAUGUGGACUCUUUAAUUUGCCAAGGGUUUUUUUUAUUGUUAUUAAUAUUAUUAUGAAGAAGAGUCUCAGACCUUAAAUGAUCCAAGCUGCAGAACUGAACAAGAUAUUGUGAAGAAUUCUGGGAAACCUCAGGGCUGAGAAUUCUUGCCCACAAUAUGCGAAUUGUCCAGACUGGAAUACUUUUUUAUUAGAACACUUAAUGCCGCAAAAUGCUAAUCACGAUUUACAGAGAAAGAAGAUUAAAAAGCUAUAUUUUCAAAGUGUUUGUCAUUGCAAAACAAACUAAAGUCCAUCUGUUUCCCUCCCCCUUUCAUGUGGAUGUGUGUGAGCCAUUGGAUUGAAAAGUAGUGAUAGGAUGCAAUGGAGAACUUGUCUUUUUCACCAGAAUAAUGUGCCAGUUUUUUGUAGCAGUUACUUUCCUUGGAAGCAAAAACAGAGACAUUGCUUUGUACCAGAGCAACUCAGAGCUGCAUUUAGAAGAAAAAAUUCUGUAACCAUACAUGUUCCCCAUUUUUAUAUAAUUUAUAAAGAAAGAUUAAAGCCAUGAUGAAUAUUUUAAACCUACUGGUUUAAAAUAUGUUGUUCACUCAGCA